AUGGCUUCUGGGGACCUUUACGAGGUCGAAAGGAUUGUAGACAAGAGAAAGAACAAGAAAGGGAAAUGGGAGUACCUCAUCCGAUGGAAAGGCUACGGGAGCACGGAGGACACGUGGGAGCCAGAGCACCACCUGCUGCACUGUGAGGAGUUUAUCGAUGAGUUCAACGGGCUGCACGUGUCCAAGGACAAGAGGAUCAAGUCAGGGAAGCAGGCCAGCGCCUCCAAGCUCCUGCGCGACAGCCGAGGCCCUUCGGUGGAGAAACUCUCCAGCAGACCUUCCGAGUCUGGGAAGAGCAAGGGGACUUCUCAUAAACGGAAGCGAAUCAACCCUACCCUGUCCAAGCCGAAGAAAGGGUAUCCCGCCAAGCCCCCUGCGGCAGGCGACAGGGCCGCCAAGACGGUGUCUUACAGGACUACCCCCAGUGGCUUGCAAAUAAUACCCCUAAAAAAGGCUCAGAAUGGAAUGGAAAACGGGGACACUGGAUCCGAGAAGGAUGAGAGGCACUUUGGAAACGGGUCCCACCAGCCUGGCUUGGAUUUGAAUGACAUCGGAGAGCAAGACCUGGGCGAGUGUGACAUCACCCAUGCGGCACUGGCAGAGAACGGGCUCGGCUCUGCUCUGACCAACGGGGGAUUAAACAUGCACAGCUCGAAGAGGAAGCUGGACACGGAGAAGGACUACGUCUUUGACAAGAGGCUCAGGUACAGCGUCCGCCAGAACGAAAGCAACUGUCGGUUUCGGGACAUUGUUGUGCGGAAGGAAGAGGGGUUCACGCACAUCCUGCUGUCCAGUCAGACCUCAGACAACAACGCGCUGACCCCCGAGAUCAUGAAGGAGGUCCGGCGAGCCCUCUGCAACGCGGCCACAGAUGACAGCAAGCUGCUGCUCCUCAGUGCGGUGGGCAGCGUGUUCUGCAGUGGCCUGGAUUACUCCUACCUGAUUGGCCGGUUGUCCAGUGACCGGCGAAAGGAGAGCACCCGCAUUGCAGAAUCCAUCAGGGACUUUGUGAAGGCCUUUAUCCAGUUUAAGAAGCCCAUCGUGGUGGCAAUCAACGGGCCCGCCCUGGGCCUGGGUGCCUCCAUCCUGCCCCUCUGCGACAUCGUGUGGGCCAGCGAGAAGGCCUGGUUUCAGACCCCCUAUGCCACCAUCCGCCUCACGCCCGCCGGCUGCUCCUCGUACACCUUCCCCCAGAUCCUGGGUGUCGCGCUGGCCAAUGAGAUGCUCUUCUGUGGGCGGAAGCUCACUGCCCAGGAGGCUUGCAGCAGAGGACUGGUGUCCCAGGUCUUCUGGCCAACCACGUUCAGCCAGGAGGUCAUGCUGAGAGUCAAGGAGAUGGCGUCCUGCAGUGCACUGGUGCUGGAGGAGUCGAAAUGCCUUGUCCGCAGCUUCCUGAAAUCGGUGCUUGAAGAUGUGAAUGAGAAAGAAUGCCUCAUGCUGAAGCAGCUCUGGAGUUCCUCCAAAGGCCUGGAUUCAUUGUUCAGCUACUUGCAGGACAAAAUCUACGAAGUCUGA